GCGAGAUAAGAUGUGUGCUGGUGGAAUUAUUGGUGCCUCAGGCAGUGCAGCCAAAGUGCGACCGUGGCCCAAAGAGGCGCGAAAUUCAAAUCGCGAAUUGGCAAAGCGAUUUCAGCUUCACUCUCUCCCAAUCGACAUUAAAUCCAAAUUCAGCAAAACAUGGGCGGACACGGUUACUCUGGAUGGUGGGGCGCUAUGGGCGGCCCCAAGCAGCGCGGCAUCGUCACGUACCAGCUCUCGCCGUACGAGAUGAAGGCCAACGCGCACCUUAUCAGCAAGGGCACCCACAACUUCUUCCGCCGCACCAGCGCCCAGCUCGGCUACAUUCUGCCGGCGGUGUUCCUGUUCUGGGGCGUGACGCACUUUGGCAAGAAGAGGCACGAGUUCAUCAACAGCAAGGCUGGCCACGCUGCGGGCCACAGCCACUAAGGCUCCCGGCUAUGAGCGACAUAUACGUUUUUCCGACUUGUUUUCUUUUAUACAUCCUUGACACAGCUUUA